AUGAAGGGCAUACAGACCGUGCAAGCUAGCCGAGAGGACAGGAGGCGGUCCUUUGGGAUCGGCGGUGCUGGAAACAUCCGCACCAGAGCCGAAGCAGUUGUCCACGACGUGCUCCCUUCCGAGCGGUUGGACCAGCGGCGGCGGAGCAGUGUCCUGAGCAAGGUGUCAUCCUCCACCUCUGGGUCUGGAAGCUGGAAGGACGUGAAGGAGUUUUUCCGGAACCAAGUCAAAUAA